AUGUAUGAAAAUCACCUGGAGGGCUUGUUAAAACACUUUGCUGCACUCUCCGCCACCAGCCACGUACCCCCAGUUUCUGAUUCAGCAGAAAAUGCCAAGUGGAGUGCCAAAAUAGUACAUCAGAAGCAUUACCACAUACCCGGAGAAGUGCAGAGUGUCACCAUCAAAGGCAUGAAAGAUGCAGAGUGCAAUGUCGGAACAAUUUUUGAAUGCCUGAGGAAAGAAAUAAGGUCGCUUCUCAUUUCCACCAAAGAUGGUCUGACCCCGCAGCAGUUGGAGAAGGAGUACCUUCUGAUGAUUGGCAACCAUUUACCACUCCGAAUCCUUGGCUAUCGUUCCACUAUGGAGCUGAUGUUGGACAUGCCUGACGUUGUCAGUGUCUGCCCCUGUGGGGACGGUACCGUAAUACUGAAAGCCAUUCCUGAUGAAUCCACUAAAGGAAUAGCAAGCUUGGUUGCAAAACAGAGGAGCAGCCAUAAGGUGCGAAACUCCAUGCAGAAGGGAAGGGCCAGUGUCUGCUCUGGGCCAAGCUCUCGUCCGAGAGUACCUUACCGAGGACGGGUGCCCCCUAUUCUUCCAGCUGUUGUGAAGAGUGAGUUGAAGGACCUCCUGGCGUUAUCCCCUGUUCUCCUUUCUGAUUUCGAAAAGGCAUUUGCCAGGCGAUUUGGACGGUCAUUCCAGUAUGUGCAGUAUGGGUUCCUGUCUAUGUUUGAAGUGCUGAAUGCUGCUUCGGAUGUCAUUUCUGUAGAGCAGACCAGAGCAGGUUCUUUGUUGAUGCUAAAGAAGAGCAUAUCAGAGGAAAAGCAAAGAGGAUGGCCAGCAGGUAAAAUUUUUAACCAGCCUUUCAGAAUGAAACAAGAAGGGCCAUACUCUGCGGGCUUCCCAGUGGCAAAGGCACGCUUUUCACAGCCCACCUCAAACAUGGAACCACCAAAUCAAAUAUUGAACAUGGAAAAGACUUUUAAGUCAAACGUAGUGGAUACUUCAAGGCUGAAUCACACUGAAAAAUUAAACCAGUUGGAGAAUACCUUCAAAUCAGUUAUUGCGCAAAUUGGACCUGGAGGGACUAUCAAUCCAGAACUAAAACAUAAGAUAAAAUUUGUUGUGUCCAAGUUUCCAGAGGGUUUGCUUAUUUCUAAACUGCUUAGGGAGUUUGAGGCAAUUUUUAAAGAGCAACUUUCACCGAAAAAGUUAGGCUUCUUAAAUGUGACAGAACUCGUUGGAGCUCUUAGUGACAUUCUCCAUGUUGAGUUCAGAGAAGGAGAGCAAGACUUACUGGUAUUUGAUGCUGACAUGAAGCCUCUACCACUUGUUCAGUCAGAUAAGAAAAUAGAAGCCAAGACUUGUGUCUCCAGUCCCCCUAGAAAUUCACUGUCUACUGCUGCUACUAUCAAGGAGACGACGUGGGAUUACUGUUUUAAAAACCGUAAAGAGCCAGAACAGAGGAUUUACAAGAAACCGAAUCUGGUGGUGAAGCCUUUGCAGCUGCAAGUCGAAAUUGACAAAUCACAGCUCAACCUGGCAAUGGCAAAUCAUGAUAUCCCACCAGAUGCUGUUCGGGAUAAGAAACUGUGCAGACUGCCACCGUUAGAUACCAGUACCCUCGUGGGGGUCUUCGUGGAGUAUAUCAUCUCUCCUAGUCAGUUCUACAUCCGAAUCUAUAGCAGGGAUUCUUCAGAGUUACUUGAAGAUAUGAUGAUUGAAAUGCGGCGCUGUUAUUCUAAUCAACUGGUUUCUGAUCGAUACGCCAUGCCAGACUAUUUUAUCCAACCGGGACAUCUCUGUUGUGUAAGGAUUUCUGAGGAUAAGUGGUGGUAUCGGGUCAUUAUCCAUCGAGUCCUUGGGAAACGGGAAGUUGAAGUGUUCUACCCAGACUUUGGAAAUAUUGGAACCGUUCAGAAGUCCUCUCUGAGGUUCCUCAAGUGCUGCUACACAAAGCUUCCAGCUCAGGCUAUCCCUUGUUCUCUGGCUUGGAUGAGACCAGUAGAGGAAUAUUGGACAUCAAGAGCUAUUUUGCAGUUCCAGAAGUUGUGUGGUUUGAAGCCAUUAGUGGGGGUGGUAGAUGAAUAUGUAGAUGGAAUCCUUAACAUUUUUCUGUGUGAUACAUCCUCAAAUGAAGACAUCUAUUUCCAUCAUGUCUUGAGAACAGAGGGCCAUGCUAUCGUAUGCCGAGAAAAUGUCCCUUCUAAGGGUUUUGGAGAACUCAAUCCUAUAGCUUUAUACACUAAGUCCAGUGCAGGGCCAGAGGAUGUCAUCCUGUCAGAACUGGGUUAUCCUUCCCAGCAGCACUACUUCAACGAAGACCGAGAGAUAAGUCCACAGUUAAAAGAGAGCGAUUUAUAUUCUCUGCAAGAUAUUAAUGAUGAAAAGACUUUCACUCACCUUAAAUCUGAGUCAGAGGAGCCAUUAAACGAUUCCGAAUUUAGUUCUUUGAAAACCCAAGAUAAGAGCUGCGAAGAUCCAAAGUGGUUCAUCCCAGAGCCAAAGGAUCUGAAGGAAGAAAAUGAGGAUGGGAUCCCCACUGGAAUGCCAUGCCUGGAGUCAGUGACCAUAGGUGAUGAUAUUUGGGAUGAGAACUGGUUACCUUCGCAAGCUAAAAUGGGAAAAGGAGGUGAUGCUGCCUCCCACUUAUUUACCUCCAACCUUGGUGGAAGGAAGCCAUACCUGUCAUGUGAAGAAAUGCCAGAGAAGGAUUGGUGUUUUUCUACACCCAAAGAUAUAUGGGAUGAUUCAUGGCAGCCUUCAGGCCUUGUGAAUGGAGUGAAAGAAAUUCAGAAACCAGAAGGUCCAGGUGCUCAGGAAAAAAAUACUGGGACAACUGGGAUUCAGAAGCAACCAGACUUACAGAGUUCUUUGGACUCUUCCACGUUGCCCAAACUGGAGGAGCUCUACGUCUCUCUCAUGCAGGCGCAGCAGUCCGCAGAAGGGAGCCCGUUUGAGCCUGCCGACAUUCAGACGCAGCCAGAGCAAGCCCAGCUCUCCGCAGCAGCCCUCGGCUCAGCUCCCGCAGGGGCUGAUUCCCCAGAAAGAUACUCUGGUUCUGUGGAAAGCUCUCCAGAGAGCCUAAAGAAUGAAGAUUUUUCUAGUAGCCAUGCUAUUACAGUGUUCAAAGAUAAGAGCCAUGGAGCCAUGGACCAGCUCUCUUUGAUUUUGUCUCCUGAGCACCAGAUUUCCCAGACAUUCUACAUUCCUCGAAGUACAGCCACUGCUGCCUUAGGAGCUGCUGCCCGGCUGGCCACGUCCAGGAGCUUCCUACACUGGUACCCCAGUGUGAAAAGGAUGGAAGCAUGA